GCUUCGCCGCCGCCGUAUUUCCGCCCUGGAUCUGGGUUCUUCACCGCGAGCAUGCUCACGCUCCUGAACAGUCUCUCAUAUCGCGUGGUUCUCGGUUCUGUAUAUCCGCACGAUGCCCAGAUUUCCAUUCCGUAGAUCAACGCAUGGCACAUCCUGCCAGCGGCGCGAGCCGGUGGGAUCGGGAUCAUUAUCUGCCAUGAUCGCGCGCGGACGCCGGAGAUGCCGAGAAGCGUCUUGCCCGAGCUGAAGAGGAGAGGCUUCAGGAUCGGUUCUCUGACUGAGGCGCUGGCCUGGGCGGAUGGC